AUGGAUCAUCUUAAAAUGAAGCGAAAGUCCUUAAGAACUUCAUUUACCAAUGCAGAGAGAAAUUUGGCGCAACUCUUGGUGAUACUUGAAACUGACGCCAAGGAUAUUGAUAAACUUCACGUAUUAAAUUCACAACUAGAGGAUAAAUUUUCUCGUUUGGAUGAGAUUCAAAACGAAAUAUCCUCAUUACUUUUAGAAGAGAACACGGCCGAAUACGAAACAGAUUUUGAAGCGGCUGAAAAUUACCGAGAUAAAUAUCUCGAACUGAAAACGAAAGUGGCGACAUUCUUGAAUAAAAAUUCCAGAUGUGUUUCAGAAUGUUCUUCAAAAAACAAUGAUGCGAAAUUGAAAGUACCGAAAUUUGAACUAAAGAAAUUUUCUGGUGAUCCGAAAGAAUUCCUCACAUUUUGGAGUAUUUUUUCUAAAACUCAUGAAUCGGAUGAGUUAUCUGAAAUCGAUAAAUUCCUAUAUUUAUAUCAAGCGAUGGUGCCUGAAUCCAAAGCUGCAAGAUUGAUUUCCAGUUUUCCAAUAACAUCUGAAAAUUAUUCUAAAGCGGUUCAACAGCUGAAAAGAAGAUUUGGUAGAGAGGAUCUUUUGGUACAGAUCUAUGUGCGAGAUCUUCUUUCUCUUGUUAUGAAGAAUGCUAAUACCGGAAGGAAUUCUUCGGAUUUAGCGAGCCUCUACGACAUGUUGGAAACGAAACUAAGAGCUUUGAAAAGCUUGGGACGUACGAAAGAAAAAUUUGCGGACUUCCUGGAGCCUCUUGUCGAAUCCUGUCUGCCUGAAAGUGUUCUACGUGCCUGGGAAAGAAGCCGAGUUUCGGAAGAUAGUGAUGACUCUACAAGUCAAAGAUCUCUCGAAAAAUUAAUGUGUUUUGUGCGUCAUGAAGUCGAAUCGGAGGAGAUGAUAAGUUUAGCUCGAGAGGGAUAUGGAAAAAAUAAUGGACAUACCCAAUCACCCACUCCAUCAGUAACAACCAAUAGCAUUACGCCUUCCAAUACUCCACAUCAACCCAGCCAAUCACAACGCUUGAACCACCCAGAACCACAACUAAGGAAAUUUCCCUAG